AUGCAACAGCAGCAGCAGCAAUGGAAGUGGCAGCAGCUACGGCAAGAGCAACAGCAGCAGCAGCAGCAGCAGCAACAGCAGCAGCAGCUGCAGCAGCAACAGCAGCAGCAGCUGCAGCAGCAACAGCAGCAGCUGCAGCAGCAACAGCAGCAGCUGCAGCAGCAAGAGCAGCAGCUGCUGCAGCAACAGCAGCAGCAACAGUGCUGA